AUGCCACGACUACGAACAUCGCGCUCGACCCCACCCCCGGAAGGGUUCGACGAAAUCGAGCCCAUCCUCGACGAAUACGAUCGCAAGAUGCGCGAUGCCGAGACCUCGGACACGGAAGGCAAGCGCAAGGUCGAAACGCUCUGGCCCAUCAUCCAGAUCAACCAUACGCGCAGCAGAUACAUCUACGACCUCUACUACAAGCGUGAGGCCAUUUCGAGAGAACUGUACGACUGGUUGCUCAAGUAUCAGUAUGCCGAUGCCAACUUGAUAGCCAAAUGGAAGCGAACAGGGUACGAGAAGCUAUGCUGCGUACGAUGCAUCCAGUCGAGAGAUAUGAACUAUCAAGGAUCAACAUGCAUCUGCCGCGUACCACGGGAUCAGUUGCGGCCCGGCACCGUGGUAGAGUGCGUACACUGCGGCUGUCGUGGUUGCAGCUCAUCCGACUAG